UAGGAAUUCGUUUUUACCUAUCUAUUUUUUUCGUGCAUGUGAUAGGGCUAUAAGUACAAGAGCGAUGCGCCGGCGUAUGGAGUUGUAUUUGGAUCUUGGCAGCACCUUCAGUAGAAGCCUAUCAAUAUGGCGCCUCGAUUUUUUAACGUCGUUGCUGCACUCUGCUGCUUGUUCGUGGGAACGGUGAUCGCAAGCGGUAUUCCGGGUGCCACUUCCUCGAACACCAGUUCCAAAAGCCAUGUAGCGUCUGUGAGCCGUAGUUCAGCGUCCCAAACGGCGUCUCCGGCUCCGACCAGUGAGACAGCAUCUCAAGGACCGCUGCCACGGCACGAUAGCGACAGCAAGAGUGGUUGGUGCAUCCCGGAGGUCGCCUACCAUUGCUACCAUGAGUUGUCCAUGAAGUUUAUCAUCGAAUGCUGGAUUUCUGCUCCACGCAAGAGCCAUAAUUUUGCCCUGUUCUUCUGCCACAAGCCUGAGGAGUUCCGGCUCCACACUCGGUGCAAAUUCCUCUACUCGGGCUGUUUGGAAAGUGAAAAGCAACAGUUUCUUCGGCACGAACAGGGCUACAAUUUUCUUCACUCCAUGAUCACUAACCGCGAUGUUCGCGUCUCUCCCGUGUUCCUCCGCCACUGUGUUGACGUCUCUGUCUUGAGAAAGUGUGCUCUCAAGAAGCCCCGUGCAGCUCAGCGUCUGCGCGACUUCAGAAAAGAAACCUUUGCGCUGGUCGAGCGAUUCAGCGCGUGCGUAAACAAGUCAGUGGAAAAGUGCGUCAAUGCCACUGAUGCCGAGAAUCUCGACAUAGUCAAGUCGGUGUUGACAGCCACCAGAAACCUCAACUGGUUCGACGGGGACGCGGAGCCCGAGCCGACCCCGCCUCCAGUCACCACGGUGAAAUCCACCGAGGCGCCUUCGACGACCAAUUAUACCGAGGCCAGCACUCAGGUCACGACUGUGAACACGACGGCCCAGGAGCACAUGUCAACGUCGUCCGCGACAACAGUGGAAACUUUUACGGCGACUGCACAAACAACAGCGGCUACAAAAGCGCCUCCAGUCAGCACGUCGCAAUCCACUGAGGUGCCUUCGACGACCAAGUAUACCGAGGCCAGCACUCAGGUCACGACUGUGAACACGACGCCGCAGGAGCACACGUCAACUUCGUCUGCGACAUCAGUGGAAACUUUUACGGUGACUGCACAAACACCAGCGGCUACAAAAGCGCCCCACAGUAGCGCACCCGCUACGAACGCACUGGGAGUCCUUGUUCUAGUCGCACUUGGCUUGCUCAAGAUUUGAGCUGAAGGUGCUUAGAAAUUUUAAGAGGAGUGUCACCAGGUGCACGCGCGAUCUGCAAUUGUGAUCAGCGAAAAAGGUGAGGACACUUUUGUUUACACCACCGUCUUGCGGAGAAACUACAGGGCUGGGGUAACUUCAAAGUGUAAAUUUGAGGACUACAAUUAGGGGCUUGGAAAGAUCAUCGUCAUCAGUGCGUGUGCGAGACGUAUUCUUUCGGCAAAAGGUGACAUACUUGGUUGCACGGUCUGAACGUUAUAAAUGUCAGUGCUUCUAUGUAGUAGCUAUCUUAACUUGCGCAGUCGAUGAUAAGCUAAGUACUCUGCUUGUCGCGAGCAAUAUGACAAUUGAGACGUCCCUUCGAACCAGUGUAUGCUUGUCAACGAUAAACUAAACACUCCUGGUAGUGAUUUCCAUGUGUUGUGUAUGAUUCUGCUGUAAUGACCCUCAUCAUUCGUUGGACGAAAUAAAGAAAUAUCGGCCAGUAACAAAGUAGGGAAACACUGAUAUAGUAAUAUUCUGUAGGGUCCUCGGGCACGAGGGUUAGUUUUCGUGGCCGCAGGUAUUCUACAUCGGCUGAAAACCGGAUCCGAGCUUAAAAAGAUGUGCUUGGAGCACCAAAGCGACGAUAUGUCAAUUCUUGUAUACCUGAAUACGGUAACGUAAAAGAUGGACUGUCAGUUUACUUACCGAAAUGUUUCUCUUACGUCAAAAUAAAGGAAGAAGGCAUUAAAAAAAAUCCAAUCAUUACGAUUUUUUUUCCCGCGUCAUUGCAAUAUGAAAAUAACACCUGGGUGUUGUGCUGAUCUUGUCUAUUUCAUGAAUUGGCGCUCUGGGCAUUGUCCUCCAUGAUCUCAAGUGCGGCACAAUGGCACAGUUUAUACUUUUUUACACAAAGUUUUCAAGGCCUAAUAAACUUGUCACUGGGCCUGGUAAAAAUAAUGAACAACCUAUCACCGGCUAGCGUCCGCUUUCAGACGCCAACGCAGGCUUAAGCCACAUGUGCCUAGAAGUCUGCUCUGUGCAAAAAAAGAAAAAAGUCUGUCAAAAUUUUUUACAGGAUAGAUUUUCCGCUUACCUGCUUAAAAAAGAAAAAAAAGAAAGUCCGGUUAGGAUUGAUUGCGUAAUUUUUUUGCGAUAUGCAUGAGUGCAGACAAUUUAUUUUUUGAGGGAAAAAAAAGCUUUCAAUCCGGCACUACAUUAUUCCAGGUGCACGUAAAAUAUGCUCAUGACCAUGAUACAGCUAGCGUAGAAAAAUGGCAGAAAAUUGAUACGCAGCUAUCUUUAUAGUUUGUUAUUCACUUGGGUUGCUCGCCUUGCAUAAAUAAUUAGAUUACA